AUAUUAGAGAGGAAACUUUAUUUUCUAGGGAAAAUUAAUGGAUGGACAAGAAAUUGCAGUGAAAAGGCUUUCCUGGAGUUCUGGACAAGGAUUAAAUGAGUUCAAGAAUGAGGUUAAGCUGAUUGCCAAACUUCAGCAUCAGAAUCUUGUUAAGCUUCUUGGAUAUCAAACGAGGCGUAAAGAAUUAAAUUGGUCCAAGCGUUUCCAGAUUAUCUGUGGGAUUGCUAGGGGGCUUCUCUACCUUCACCAAGACUCUAGGCUGCGGAUUGUACAUAGAGAUCUUAAAGCUAGUAAUGUUCUGCUGGAUAGUGAGAUGAACCCCAAAAUUUCAGAUUUUGGCAUGGCCAAAACUUUUGGAGGAGACCAGACUGAAGGAAACACAAACCGAGUGGUUGGAACUUAUGGAUAUAUGGCACCAGAAUAUGCCAUUGAUGGCUUAUUUUCAGUAAAAUCAGAUAUUGUUAGCUUUGGUAUAUUGUUGAUGGAGAUAGUAACUGGGAUGAAAAAUAGAGGGUUGUUUCAUUCAGAUAAUAGCCUUAACCGCAUUGGACAUACAUGGACUUUAUGGAAAGAAGGCAACCCUUUAGAACUCGUUGAUGAAUUCUUAGGGGGGUAUUACUCUCUAUCAGAAGUUUUCAGAUGCAUCCGCAUCAGUCUUUUAUGUGUACAACAGAAGCCUGAGGACAGGCCUACCAUGUCAUCUGUGGUGCUGACGUUGGCAAGUGAGAUUGAACUGCCUCAACCAAAAGAACCUGGUUUCUUGCUCAGAAGGGCUGCACUUGAAACAGAUUCAUCAUCGAGCAAGCAUAACUCAAUGUCAAUAAACAAUGUUACCUCGCAGAUUUUCAGGCUCGAUGAAUAAGUAUACCUAAAAUCCUCAGCAGUGAUCCUCCAUCAGUCAAUAGAUGAUUCUAAUAACAAUGUUACACCUGU